AUGACCAAGGAGGAAUUUGAUCCGUCCAAGGCCUAUGCGCCGCAGGAGCAGGGAACGGGCUUCUUCGACGACGGUCGCGAGAUCGCGCUUCUGCACUUUGUGUAUUUGCAUCCUGACCUGGAGAAUAUUCGGGGCUCGCCGGAGAAGGUGCUCGCAGCCAUUGAUGAGUAUGGUCGGACGAAGAAGUAUCUGAUGAAUGUCGGCGAGGACAAGGGCCGGAUUGUCUGCGAUCUCAUCGCGGAGGUCCAGCCGAAGACCAUGGCUAACGGUAGUGUGCAGGUUGAGCUGGGAGGCUAUGUUGGCUACUCGUGUAUCUUGUUUGGCAAUGCCGUGCGGAAAGCGGGAGGCGAACGCUACUACAGCCUGGAGAUGAACCCCGAGUUCGCGGCGGUGAUCAUGUCGCUGGUCGACCUGGCUGGCCUCUCGGACGUCGUGAAAGUGGUCGUCGGCUCCAGCGAUGCUUCCCUGGCGCGUCUCCACUCCGACGGCCUGCUCCAGCAUAUCGAUCUCUUGUUCCUGGACCACUACAAACCAGCAUACACGACCGAUCUCAAACUCUGCGAAGAGCUGAAGCUGAUCACCCCGGGCUCCGUCCUCGCUGCUGACAACGUCAUCAAGCCGGGAAACCCACCGUACCUGGAGUAUGUCCGGAGCAGCGUGGAGGAGAAGCGGAAGAAGCUGGGAGCGGACGGGAGCAGCGAGGGGAUUCCCGGGCAUACGGUGAACCAAUAUCAAAAGAGGUAUGGGGAGAUGAAAUUCAACCAGAGUCCUGGCAAUCCGAAUCUCGUGUACGAGAGCAAGCUGGUGAACAGCUUUGAGCCAACUGGCCUGCCGGUAAGCAUAUCCCUGACUGUAUAG